AUGGAUCUUGUUGAAGUGAAUAAAGGCAACGUUCAGAGAAGUUCGAAUGCUUCAUCGGAAAGUUCAGCUGAGUCAAGCAUUGAAAAAACAGCGACGGGUGUCAUUGAAUCUGCGAGCAGAUCGGCAAAGAGCGUUGCGGAAAGUGUCGAGCAAAGAAUUGACGGAAAUGUUCAGUCAAGCUUAGUUCAAAAAGCAGAAAAGAGUGUUCAAGAAAGUGUACAAAAAAGUGUGUCGGAAACAUCAUCGAGCUCGGUGUCAGAAAAUCUUCAGAAAUCAGUUUCACAUUCAGUGAGCUCAUCAACGUCUAUUAAAUCAUCAAGCUCCAAAGUCAGUUCAUCAUCCAAGUCGGUUUCAAGUAGCGUCAAAAUUUCUGGCAGCAGCAUUGAAUCAAUUGAAUUUUAA